AUGUUAGGGGCAAGAUUAUUAACGGGUUUUGGUGCAGGAACUCUGUCUGUUCUGAGAGCACAUGCAGCUACGGCUUCUGUACCAAAAGAUCGUCUUAGGGCAGUAUCUUUUGGUACAGCUGGCUACGGUCUUGGCCUUUCGUUUGGUCCUGCAAUACAGGCUGUCUUCACACCUAUAGGAGAGUAUGGAGCAAGAAUUGGAGCUUUAGUUUUCAAUAUGUAUACGGUCCCGGCGUUCUUCAUGGUUAUACUAUCUGUGAUUUGUUGUUUUGUUGUUCAGUUCCUUUUCAAGGAAGAGUACUCCGUUAUCAAACAAGAAGACACCGUGAUUCGGCUCUUGAUCUCUACCCCUUGGUCUGUUGCUAUGUAUAACUGGAAAGACUCCGACGCUGUACUUUACAAUGGACUACUUCAGACUGCAUCAUGUCUUGUUUCUUCUGCGAAUAGUGUUCUUAUUGGUUACACGCGCAUCGGAAACAUUGAGAAACGUAAGCAGAUAAUUUUUGGAAUUAGUCCAUUUUAUCCUGGACCCCUGGAUUACGUUCCACAAGGGAAGAACACAACGGAGAUAGGACGUUGUCUUCGUUCAUACGAUUGGUGUAAAGAUACAGUGCGAGUACCAUUUCCGAUAUACUUCAUUUGUUUCGUUUUCUUUUUCGGAAUAUCAUUUCCAUUUACGGGAUCACUCUCGGCAACGCUAUACUCGCAAACUCUUAGACCUCGCAAACAGGGGAUCAUGCAAGGUAUUCAUUCAUUUGGUGGAAGUUUGGCUCAAUUUAUUGCACCAAUCAUAACUACGUAA